AUGGGGGAAGUGGCGAUGGACGAUUAUGAAGUAGUGAUAAUUGGAGCGGGGAUCUGUGGAUUAGCGACUGCCGUCGCUCUUCAGAAGAAAGGAAUUAAAAGCGUAGUGAUGGAGAGAUCGGAAGCUCUGAGGAAUAUCACCGGUGCAGCUAUCGGAAUCCGCCAAAAUGGUUGGCGAGCUUUGCAUCAGCUUGGCGUCGCCGACGUCCUCCGUCGCACUGCUAUCAAUAUUAAAAGAGAACGUAUUGUAGGGCUCGAUGGGGGGAAGCAACAGGAAAUGCCGAUGAAAGGCGAAAUUCGUUGCUUGAGAAGGAAAGAUCUUAUAGAUACUCUCUAUGCUGCACUUCCUCCGACCUCUGUCAAGUUUGGAUGCGAACUUGAAUCUAUAAAAUUGGACCCGAAUACUACAAAACCAGUUCUUCGAUUCAUCGAUGGGAGCUUCAUUACCCCCAAGGUUGUAAUUGGCUGUGAAGGAGGCAAGUCAAUCGUUGCCAAUUUCCUUAACCUCAAGCCUACGAAGAUGUUUCCCUUAUGCGGAGUUAGAGGUUUAUCAAACUAUCCCAAUGGUCAUCCAUUCGACCAAGAGUUUGCUCGUUUCAGGAAAGAUAAUAAUCUUGUGGGAAGAAUUCCAAUGGACAAUAACUUAGUCUACUGGUUUUGUGCGCACCCUUACUUUCCUAAAGAUGACAGAAUUUGGGAAGAUCCGGAGGCAAUACGGCAAUCUACCCUAGCAUUGCUAAGUGAUUAUCCCCAAGAAGUUAAAGAAAUGAUAGAGAUUGCGGAUGCAAAUUCGUUGUCUUUUACACGUUUAAGAUAUCGUGCACCAUGGGACUUGCUAAGGGGGACGUUUUGUAAAGGAAGAGUGACAGUUGCUGGGGACGCUAUGCAUGUGAUGGGUCCGUUUCUAGGGCAAGGUGGUUCAGCAGGUUUAGAAGAUGCGGUGGUGUUGGCUAGGAACUUGGCUCAAAUGGGUUUGGACAAUGUGGAAGAAGCGUUUAAUCUCUAUGUAAAAGAACGAAGAAUGAGGGUGGUUCGAUUAUCGUUGCAGACUUAUUUCACGGGUAUGCUAUUGGGAGCUUCUUCGCGUCUAAAGCAGUUUAUGUAUGUUGUGUUAUUGUCUCUUCUCUUUCGCAACUCGAGUGGCCAUGUUGAUUAUGAUUGUGGUAGUCUUUGAUGCGUUUAGAGAUCUUUAGACUCGGAUCAUGUUACUAGUUAUUUUCAUUAAACAAGUUUACUUAUAGGAUUAGGGCAAAUAUAUGAACCAAAUAAGUUGUAUAAUCAAAUAAACAAUCAAUCCUAAUGAUAUUAGGAGUUCUUCACAACGACUUACUUGCUGUGAUAGAGGAGUUUCAAUGUGAUCUUGAGAGAUUUAGGUGGUGAGUUGGUUGUGUGACAUAGUGAAACCGAAGGUCAACACAGUCUGAUGCUGCUGGUAGCUCCCAUGGGGCCAAUUUUCGCCUUAAGCAAAUUAUAGAUGAUUUUACCCCUGUUUUAAAAAUGGUUGUUCUUGAGAUAUUUUCCCUAUCAUGGACUGGUACCUUGUUGAAGUUCAAUCUAAAGUCGUUGGAAGUUUCAAACUAGCUGACAAUUCGCCAGUGUAAUUUUUGGACGACUUUACCCCUCGGGUACUAUGGAAGUUUAAUGAUGGCAGAUCGUUUAAUUGGUGGGAUCUAUCACCAUCAAUACAUUGUUUCAGGUACUAUGGAAGUAUUUGACUUCAUACCCACACGACUUCAAAGCGUCGGGUGAACUCUGUAGAUGGGUUUUACAAACUCAUCAUGACUUCUUGUCUAUCGGUAAGUUCCAAGGUGCGUCUUAAGGGGAUAUAUCUUUUUGUGUAUAAAUAUGUAUUUUAUGUAUUUGUAUGUAUAAAGCAUAUUUUAUUUGUAUAGUCUAUAUUUGAUGUAUUUGUAGGGUGGUAUUUUAACUAACUAAAAGCAAAUUUAUUUGUAUAAUACAUACCAUAUGGACUAAAAUGUAUAAGGCUAAAUGAUGUAG